UGCCUUUGGAUAUACGGCGUAAAAAACAUUAUUUUAUUGGGUUAGGCUGAAAGGCUGUUAAAUUGAGCAUCCUACUGCUACUGUUCUAGAUGACUGUUGGGAAUAUACAAGUAGACAAGGCAGUGGUUUUGGUUGGACAGUUGGAAAAACUUGCUGAUGAGAAUGGUUGGAGGUUGGCCCUUCCGUGGUGAUUAAGGUCUGUUCCUCCAUGGUUAUAGUUAGUUAGCUCGUAGAUUUAGCAAAAGCAGAGUGGGUAGCCACUUUGUCGACGUGCACAAGAGUAACUAACUUGGCACUUUUGCUAACCUUGCCUGGUGGGUUCUUCUAGAUUUAGCGAACUAACGUUAACUAGCUCAAUCUAGUCAAGUAGCCAACAAACAUUCAACACUGAAACUAAAAAGUUGAUUUCCUUGCUCAAGUAUGGGGAUGUGCUUACCGUGCCUUGGUGGACCUGGAAACGACUUGUCCACCACACCAGAUCGAGAGACAAGGAGACGUGAGCUGGCAGAGGCCGCUGAGAAGAGACAGAAAGAGACAACCUACAGGGGUGUCAAAAACCCCCAAGCAGUUGAGAGAAAUAAAAAGAAUAAGGAGAUGGAGAAACAAGAGAUGAGACCGUCUCCGCCUGGAGGAGGAGGAGGAGGAGGGAUGAAGUGGCAGGUAGGCUAAAGAUAGACAUGGAGAGAUCCUGGAAGUCUCAAUGUAGACUGAGGUUCAGCUAACAACAUGAAGAUGGUACCAGUUGACUUAAAGGCUUUUUUUUUUUUUAAAUGUCAGCCCUUCUACUAGAUUUUUUAUUUUUAAAUGCAAGUUUUUUAUUUUAUUUAUUUUUUUAGAGCCGAUUGUGUGUCUGCAUCUCUCAACUUCGUAGGAUAGUUUGCCGGGCUUUGACGCUGGUUAAAAAAAUAAAAAAUAAAGAUUCUGUUGGCCAAUGUUGGCCGUGUGAAUCACAGGACAUGCCUCCCUUAAUGCCAAGAUAUACAAGAGAAUAUGCAAGCCAGCCAAUGGAGCUUUAGAACAGACAGGGUGGCGUAGCUAUGAAUAGAAUAUAAACACUCGGAGGAAAUAUGCUCUCACACUACAUCGAUAAACUGUACCAGGCGUCUUGCAGUGAACUCUCUCUCUUUGUGUUCUUUGUCCUCUCGCCUUUCUUUCUCUCAGCCAUUUCAACUUUGCCAGCUUUAACACCAUGCCGCUUACUUCUUUUGCAAUUGUUUCAGACAUUUUGAACUUUGAGGAAUGUUCUCAUUCUUGUGAUCUAUUUACCGUAUAGUAUAUUUUCCUUCUAAAAUGAUUUUAUGCAACAAUGUCCUUUUUACUGUUCAAAAUAGGCCUAGAUGAUUCAAAUGACAUUUUCUAUUGUAGAUCAGUGUGAAAAAAACUACGUUUCCCAUAGCUACUGAUGAACCACAUGUGAACGUUUUAGAGUUCCCGCACCAGCACUAUUCAGUUGACUUUUCUAUUGUAGAUCAGUGUGAAAAGAACUACGUUUCCCAUAGCUACUGAUGAAUGUUUUAGAGUUCACGCACCAGCACUAUUCAGUUGACUUCACUUUAGUGUUUGAUUUUCAUAUGUCUGUGCAAUAUAAGUUAUUUGCUACACGUUGUAUUGGUUUGUAAUGUAUGAAGAAAAUGCUAUAUUUUAAAUGAGGUAAGAGGUUUGAGUCGUGAAAGCCUGAUGAAAGUGUUUUUUUAUGCAUGAAUAUUUCUUCUUUUUUUCCUCUCAUUUCAACCUGUUCAGUAAUAUUGUUGUCAUGACAAUGUUCCAGGAAUUAUUUUAUCCAAACAUACACCGGUGUCAUAAUGUUCUUUCUUGGGUAUGCAGUCUGUUGUCAGGAUGGUAAUAGGACUACCGUUAUUCACCAGGUUUCAGUCCAUUUCAGUUCAGGAAGUACACUGAAAUUACAAUUAUCUGCAAUGCUUUUCAAUGAGGAAUUUUUUUGGGGGAUUUACUUUCUGAAUUGAAAUGGAAUUGACCCCAACCCUGUCAUCCACUGGGGCGUACCUGUCCACGAUGAUAACUGCAGAUCUGUCAUCCACUGGGGCGUACCUGUCCACGAUGAUAACUCUGCAGAUCUGUCACCCACUGGGGCGUACCUGUCCACGAUGAUAACUCUGCAGAUCUGUCAUCCACUGGGGCGUACCUGUCCACGAUGAUAACUCUGCAGAUCUGUCAUCCACUGGGGCGUACCUGUCCACGAUGAUAACUCUGCAGAUCUGUCAUCCACUGGGGCGUACCUGUCCACGAUGAUAACUCUGCAGAUCUGUCAUCCACUGGGGCGUACCUGUCCACGAAGAUAACUCUGCAGAUCUGUCACCCACUGGGGCGUACCUGUCCACUAUGAUAACUCUGCAGAUCUGUCAUCCACUGGGGCGUACCUGUCCACUAUGAUAACUCUGCAGAUCUGUCAUCCACUGGGGCGUACCUGUCCACGAUGAUAACUCUGCAGAUCUGUCACCCACUGGGGCGUACCUGUCCACGAUGAUAACUCUGCAGAUCUGUCAUCCACUGGGGCGUACCUGUCCACGAUGAUAACUCUGCAGAUCUGUCAUCCACUGGGGCGUACCUGUCCACGAUGAUAACUCUGCAGAUCUGUCACCCACUGGGGCGUACCUGUCCACGAUGAUAACUCUGCAGAUCUGUCAUCCACUGGGGCGUACCUGUCCACGAUGAUAACUCUGCAGAUCUGUCAUCCACUGUCCACGAUGAUAACUCUGCAGAUCUGUCAUCCACUGGGGCGUACCUGUCCACGAUGAUAACUCUGCAGAUCUCAGAAGGAAAUGGGAAGAGAGCCUGAACCAGCAGGUGUUAUUGUGCACUUGGAAGUAUUGCAUUUAUACCUGCCUUGCUUUUUAUACUUGAGGUUUCUUCUUCCUAUACCCACCUAGUGCUUCAAAGGCUCUUGCCACUUUGAGGUGCAUGAAGUCAUGCCAAUGUCAUUUUGUUGAAAUAAAGUUGUCAGAUGACUGUUGUUUUUGACCUGG